AUGGAUUCCAAGAUCAUAUUCUUCUCCAUCACCCUUCUGUUCACUAGUGGUGCGGCCAUUAACAUCACCACAGUCACUUUUCCUUUAGUCAAUCGCAACUCUGCAAAUACAAAUUCAGUUCUUGAUGCAACUUCUCCGGCUGUGCCAGUUCCAUCUUCUUCUUCUAGCCCGACCAAUUCCCCUCCCGCUACCCCGACCCCGACCAACGCCCCGCCUACUACCCCAACCAGUGCCCCGCCUAGCCCGCCUAGCCCGCCUAGCCCGAACAGCGCGGCUCCUACUAGCCCGACCAAUCCGCCUCAACCUGCUGGCCCAAUCACACCCGCAGCACCUAGCCCAAGGAAGAUUUUGUCGCCACCACUGCCACCAAAUAUUGUCACGCCUGCCGCAUCACCUGCGCCAACUACAGAUGAUGACUCCAGUGUUGGAAGGAGUUUGGAGGUUAGUGCAGGCAUUAUUGUAGCAGCAAAUCUAUUCCUCAUGUUGAUGGCUUGA